AUGCUCGGCUCACAGCUCAUCCCCACGCGAUGGCGGCGCAACUACGACAUCACCGACCCCCACAAGCCGGGCUACUACAACCAGCGCAUCACCCCCUACCUGCAAAAAGUCUCCCUCAAGGCCUGCACCCACCCGAUCAGGACCAUCGUGUUUGUCGCCGCCCUCGCCAGCGUCUUCUACGUCGGUCUUCUCGACACGGGUUUCUUCCGCCCAUCCCCAGUCUCAGGCAACAAGGUCGAUUUCACCGCACUGUCCGCGGGCAGCAGGAGGCUACAUUUGGGCCCAGAAACAGCUUGGAAAUGGCAGUUGGAGGAGAAUGGCGCCAGUGGGAAGGCGGCCAACGCGAAAGAGCAGGACAUUGCGCUGGUCACACUCGACUUUCUGGACUCGGGCAACAAAUCUCCCAAUGCCGCGCCAGUCGCGCAGAGGGUCCCUCUACCAGAGGACAGCCAGGCGGAGUUGCUGCCUUCGAGCGAGAACAUCCUCUCACCCAUCUCCUCGGACACCAUGCUCGCCUUCUCCAUGCCGUUUGAGCAAACGCCACGCUUCAUGGAACGCGUCAAGGAGAUCCCUGCCUCGCCCGCCGGUCUGACGCAAGAAGACGAUGGCUCAGACGACGAAGCUGAGCAAAAGAUGUGGCUGAUGAAGACCGCCAAGACCAAUCCCUCCUCCCACGGCAUGGUCGAAUGGGUGCAGAACUCGUGGAGUGCCUUCCUGGACUUGAUCAAGAAUGCCGAGACUUUGGAUAUCGUCAUCAUGUCUCUGGGAUACUUGUCCAUGUACUUGACCUUUGCUUCGCUUUUCCUGAGCAUGCGCCGGAUGGGAUCGAACUUCUGGUUGGCGACUAUGACCCUCUUCUCCUCGGCAUUCGCUUUCCUCUUUGGAUUGAUGGUGACCCUGAAGUUGGGAGUCCCAGAGAAUGUGGUCUUGCUUUCUGAGGGAGUGCCGUUCUUGGUGGUGACAGUCGGCUUUGAGAAGCCCAUCAUGCUCACCCAGGCUGUCCUCUCAGCCUCCGUCCAGGCCAGGAACGGCAACGGCAAUGGCGACGCACCGCUCACCAUUCAAAAUGCUGUGCAGACUGCAGUGCGCGAGCGUGGUUUUGAAAUUGUACGCGACUACACUAUUGAGAUUCUGAUCCUCUGUGCGGGAGCAGCUUCUGGCAUUCAAGGUGGACUGCGACAAUUCUGCUUCUUGGCCGCUUGGACGCUCUUCUUCGACUGCAUCCUGCUUUUCACCUUCUACACCUCCAUCCUCACCAUCAAACUUGAGAUCAACCGCAUCAGACGUCACGUCAACCUGCGGAAAGCUCUGGAGGAUGAUGGUGUCAGCCGACGAGUGGCAGAGAAUGUGGCUUCAAGCAACGACUGGCCCAACGGCGAUGGCAUGUCUCCCAACAGCGAGAACAGCAUCUUCGGCAAGAAGGCUCGCGACAGCAGCGUGCCACGCUUCAAGGUGUUGAUGGUCACAGGCUUCAUCAUGAUCAACGUGUUGAACAUCUGCACCAUGCCCUUCCGAGGAACGAGAAACAACGCACCAGUCACGACCGCUGGCCUUUCAAGUGUCGUGACACAGCCACCCAUGGAUCCCUUCAAAGUUGCUGGCAACGGCCUCGAUUUCCUCUUCAGCCAGGCACAGAAGGGCAAGCAACCCAUCAGCGUGACGGUCUUCAACCCGAUCAAGUACGAGCUGCAAUAUCCAUCCAUACACUACUCACAGCGGGGAGAGUCAUCAGACUGGGCCAUCUUCGACGGCGACUACCGAAGUGGUAUGUUCUCUGCGCUGGGCGGUAAGAUGGUAGAAAGUCUGCUCAAGAGCUUUGAGGACCCGACUCUGAGCAAGUGGGUGAUUAGCGCGCUUGUCUUGAGCUUGGUUCUGAAUGGUUACCUCUUCAAUGCGGCGAGAUGGACUAUCAAUGAGCCUGAAAGCGAGCCUUCAACCCCGAUCAAGGAGCCUGCUGGGAGUGAAAAGUCGAAACAACCACAGGCUAAUGGCCAUGCGGUUGCACCAAUCAAAUCUGAACCAUCGCCUGAGGAGGUGGCGGAAUUGGAGUCCAUCAUGAACAAGCCUGGGAAACGGACACGAGAGGAAUGCGAGGCGAUGGUCAAAGCUAAAAAGGCACCGCUUCUCGAUGACCACGAAAUCGUUGACCUUGCCCUGCGUGGUAAGAUACCAGGACAUGCGCUGGAGAAGACUCUCGAAGACAAGACUCGUGCAGUCAAGAUCCGAAGAUCUGUCAUUUCAAGGACGCCAGGCACGGCGGACCUCACCGGUAAGCUCGAGAAAUCCAAGCUGCCUUACGAACACUUCGACUACGACAGAGUGCAUGGCGCAUGUUGUGAGAAUGUGGUUGGCUACUUGCCAUUGCCUCUUGGCGUUGCUGGACCUUUAACAAUCGACGGCCGCAGCUACUUCCUUCCAAUGGCAACGACCGAGGGUGUGCUUGUUGCCAGUACGAGCAGAGGGUGCAAAGCCAUCAACGCUGGUGGAGGUGCCGUUACUGUUCUGACAGCCGACGGCAUGACUCGUGGUCCAUGUGUUGGAUUCGAGACGCUUGCUCGUGCUGCCGCUGCCAAGGUCUGGAUCGACAGUCCGGAGGGUCAGAAGGUCAUGAAAGAUGCCUUCAACUCGACCUCUCGUUUCGCUCGACUACAGCAGCUGAAGACGGCGAUUGCUGGGACAUACCUCUACAUCCGCUUCAAGACGACGACUGGUGACGCCAUGGGCAUGAACAUGAUCUCCAAGGGUGUGGAGAAUGCUCUCAACGUCAUGUCACAAGAAGCCGGCUUCAGCGAUAUGGCCAUCAUUUCGGUCUCAGGCAACUUCUGCACAGACAAGAAACCGGCCGCGAUCAACUGGAUCGAUGGACGUGGCAAGAGUGUCGUCGCCGAGGCUAUCAUCCCCGGCGAAGUCGUCAGGAGCGUGCUGAAGAGUAAUGUCGACGCUCUUGUCGAGCUUAACAUUGCCAAGAACUUCAUGGGGAGUGCCAUGGCGGGAAGUAUUGGAGGUUUCAAUGCCCAUGCCGCCAAUAUCCUCACAGCCAUCUUCCUCGCCACGGGUCAGGACCCAGCACAGAACGUGGAGAGCAGUAAUUGUAUUACUGUGAUGAAGAAUCUCAACGGCAACCUCCAAAUCUCCGUCUCCAUGCCCUGCAUCGAAGUCGGCACCAUCGGCGGCGGAACUGUCCUCGAACCCCAAGCCGCCAUGCUGGACCUACUCGGUGUGCGAGGACCUCACCCAACAAGCCCCGGCGCCAACGCCCAACAACUCGCCCGCAUCAUCGGCGCCGCUGUCCUCGCAGGUGAACUGUCCCUCUGCUCAGCACUCGCCGCAGGUCACCUCGUGCAAGCACACAUGAGCCACAACCGUUCAGCCGCGCCUUCUGCGGCGCCCAGCAGACCGCAGAGUCCUGGGCCCAAGAGCCCCUCCACGCCCGUGAGGUUGGCCAUGACGAGUAUUGUAGAUAGUGCGAAGGAGAAGACUGGUGCUCCGAAAUAG